AUGAGUAAGGCCGCACCGUCUGCACCUGCACGAAGGACUACGCGGAGGUUGGGUCGAAGGGCGUUGGCCACUCCCGCCGCAACGUCAAAAUUGCCACGUUCGCCUCUCUCCGCCAAACAGAAGAAAAAGGCGGAGCCUACGGAGCUCCUGGUGGCGUCGGACGCGGCCCCGGCUCCGGCGCCGGAGGUCGAUGCGGAUCCGAUAGAGCGACCACCACAGCAGCACCUGGAGCAACCGGCAGAUGUGGCGGACAUGGCUGAGGUUCCUCUGCAACUCCAGCGCACGCUGCCACCGGAGGACAGUGAUGACUGCAGCGACGAUGGUAUGGAUGCCGACUCACUCUCAGCAGACCUUGCCGGCGAUGCAGGCAAUAUCAAUCAAAACCGUGGCGCCGCGUCGCGUGUGGUGAUGCCGGUGACGUCGCUGGCCGGGAAGCGGCACACAAGGGUUGUCAUGGGACCGGGGGCCACCAGCGGCGCCAGCAACGGCAGCGGUCACCAUCACGGCGACUACACCUUACGCUACCGGACGGAUCUUGAUAAGCAGGUGAUUCACUUCAUGUUCGAGCGCUACCAACAGGAGCAGGCACAUCCAACGAUCUCGGCAGCAUUCUCGUCACCACCGUCGAUCCCCAACGCCGGAGCCGCUGAAGGGGUGAGUGGGCGGAUGGACGAGUCACCUCGCAUGAACAGGAGCUCCAGUGCAGUGGCGCAUGAAGCCGCUGCCGCCUCUUCCCACGUGCGUGCGCGGCGCAUUAAUGUUGAGGAGAUCUGCGUUUCUGCUCAUGGUGAUGGCGAUGAGAAGAACAUUGGUCUCGGCGACUGGCACUUCUUCUGGAUGCACGUUAGACGCGUCCGCCACACGAUCUGCUCCAGCGCCUUUAGGUGGCAGGACCAGCAGAUUAUCAACCACUUUCCCGAUCACGCGGAGCUGACCCGCAAGGACCUCAUGUACAAGAACAUCAAACGCUACUUGCGAGAGAACCAAGGGGACAACUACGCUCGUCUGACACUGCACACCGCCACGGAUUGGACCUCGGCGUCGGCCAACGCCACCGACGUCGAGGGGGCUGCAGACUCCUCCACGCUCGCGUCUGCGGGCGGUGAGCGCGGGAGGCCGCUCCGCAUGAAGUCGUUUUGCUUUGCCGAUAGCAUCCCUCUCACUUACAAUAUCCCGAAUGACAUGAGUAUGUUCAAGGAGAAGUUUCAGAGACGGCGCGACACGCAGUGGAUUGUGAAGCCGACAUCGCGGUCGCAGGGCAAAGGCAUUUUUCUCAUCAACGACGUACGCUCCCUGCAGCGCUGGAUGGGGGAGAAAAAGGAGGUGGAGAGCAUCAGCUCUUUCCUGGCCACUGGCUCUUCUAACCGGGGUCCUGGCGCGUGGUCGUCGGUUCAGCAGCAGCAGCGCCCUGCAUUUCUGAGCAGCAUGGAGUCGGCUACGGCGAACAGUGGCGGUGGCGGCUCCCCGGGCAGCCCGACCUCUCCUGGCUUCACCACCAGCACAGCAACCUUUCAAGCCCCAACUGGCCCUGGCAGCAGUGGCGGUGCGCUGCUUGGCUCGUACAUUGUCAGCCGCUACAUCUCCAACCCGCUGUUGAUCGGUGGCAAGAAGUUCGACCUGCGCCUGUACGUCCUCGUCACGUCCUACAAGCCUCUGGUGGCGUACCUACACGAGGACGGCUUCGCCAGGUUCUGUGCAACGCGAUACGCCGGCAGCAGCCUGGCCCAGGAGGACCUUGGCUCCCACCUAACAAACGUCGCCUUGCAGAAAGGCGACGAGCAUUACAACACCUCGCAUGGCGGCAAGUGGUCUAUCCAAAACUUGUUCCUCUAUCUUCAGAAGGCCUACGGGCCGUACGCGGCGGAGGGUAUGAUGAAAAACAUUCAAUUUCUUAUCUACCACUCACUCAAGGCGGUGGAACCGGUGAUGUUCAACGACAAGCACUCCUACGAGCUCUACGGCUACGACAUCCUCAUCGACGACAACAUCGAUCCCCAUCUGAUCGAGGUAAACGCCUCGCCGUCCAUGUCGACGACGACGGUGUCGGACCGGCUGCUCAAGGAGCAGGUGCUGACGGAUACUAUGAAGAUCGUCUUUCCGCCUGGAUACCCGACGAGCAAUAAGGGGAUGCCAUACUGGGAGUACCGUCUUCGCACCGACCUCACGACGCAGCAGCAGACAGGCUUCAAGUUGCUGCAAUUUUAG